AUGAGGCAUCUGUUGCUUCUAACCUUGGUAUCUACCGUAGCCGCCAAGAAUGUUUUUGUGUCCUCUCCAUUUGAUAAUUUUAGAAUAGAAUGUCCCAAACGAGCAGCUGCCACCGAGUUAUCAGUGAGAAUGGUAGAAUCAGUUGGUCAGAAGCGUCAAGAUGUGGUAUUUGAUAUGUCGUGUGAAACCGUUGAAGACCUCUAUCCAUGGAUCAACAUUCCAGUUGGUGUUUCUGACAUCGAACGCGAAGAUUGCCACUAUUCUCAAAUGAUCGACCCGAUUCUUGACGAAAACACCACUUUCACAUGUGCUCCAAGAGAGUAUCUUGCCGGAAUCACCCGACUUUCCGACACCAGAAUCCAAACAAUGUGCUGCCGUCUGAGAUCUCGUGAUGAGUUCAAUUGCAAAGAUUUGGUGUUUAACAAACCUAUUGGACUCACCAGAAGUACAGUAAUCGAGCACGACAACCAACUCAUCCACGCCAUCAGAAUUGAGGAGAGAAACUAUGUUGUCAGAUUCUGCGAUUUGGCUCCUCGUGCAACGGCUUCAAUCCUUUCUGAUGAGAAAAUCAGAUCAAGCACACCUGCAGCGACCACUGAGGAAACUCCAGUAUCCCAGGAACUGAACGAGAAUUUGGAAUCGGAACAAAAACUACAGCAGAAACAAGACCCACUGAAAAUCGUGAAACAGCAAAAAGGAUCGUUUGAGUCAGCGAGUCCAACAAAAUUGAGAGUUCCCAUGCAUCCACCAGCAAGAGUCAAGGCUGCUCCAGUGGUUGAGUUCCAGGAGCCAGCUCUUCCACUUGUUGAGCUCCCAUUAGAUGCUGCUGAUAUCAGUGAAGCAGAUUUAGAGCCGCUUCCAACUCUUCCGCCAGUGACAACCCGUAGACCAUCCACAGUCUCCUUGGCCCUCGUCACUCUUCCACCAACUACCACAACCACCGAAGAAGUCCCUGUCGAGCAAGAGCUGCCUGUCACUGAGGAGCCAAUUCCAGACGAGGAAACAACAUUCCCACAGGAAACUCCAGUUUUCAGUCAACAGCUUGUCGAGGAUAUUGUGAAGAAAAUUGGAUCUGCACAGUCAGAACAAAAGGCUGCACAAAUAUUCCAGCAAUCUUUGAACAAGCUUUUGCAGAAUGCAAACGAGAAACCUAUUGGUAUGAGGAAGCCUGUUCCACGCGCCGGCCCACCAGCCGCUCGACCACCAACACCACAAAACUUGGAGAAUGUGAAUUUCGAGAAUGAACAAUUCCCACAGCCAGCUGGAAAGCAGAGAUUCUCGAAAGAACUUUUGCCACUGAGAAAAUCUGUCGAUGGAGAAGACUUCUCCAACCUGCAACCAGUCAAUAUGGAAGGACGUCGUCGUUCUCCAAUCAGAACUCACCGACCACAUGUUGAUAUCUGGGAUUCCGACGAAGACGACGAGGCAACCGAUAAAAUUGUUGCCGAAAUAAACGGAUCCGUUGAAAUGCAUUUUGAGACUACCAUGCCGCCAAAGAAGGUGGGCUGUCUAGUCCGGAUGAUCCGGCUAAAACUUAAAAUGUUUUUUGCAAGUUUUUUUUUUCAGAUUGUCAAAAAGAUCAUCAAGAAAGUGAUCAGAGCGCACAGACCAAGAACCACCACAACAGAAACUCCAACUACAACUGAGGAACCUAGUACAACUGAGGAAGUGACAACUACCAGAGUGACUAGACUAAGAACUCGUCCAACUACCACUACAGAAGAGCCAACCACCAAAAAAUGUCGAGUUCUUUCUUCAGUUCUAUGGAGCAGAGAGACAGACCCUCUAGAAGACAACAUGCAACUCCAGAGUAUGAUUUUCAAAAAAUCCAUUGAGAAAUCUAAAUCACAUUUCAAGUCAAAAUCAAAAUCACCACGCCGUUUCCGUGGAAGGACAACCACUCCAUCAGCCCGUCGUGAUCUUCCGGUGACCAGACGAAUUGCUGAAACACGUGCCAACCAACAAGAUAACGCUAGAUACAUUGAUGAGGAAACUCAGUUGUCUCCAUUUGAUGAUCCAGUUGAUGAGAUGGAAGAGUUGAAAACGACGACCAAGCAACCAGCUCCAUCUGAAAGAAAGAAGCCAGUUGAGGAGUCGCCAAGAAUCGAGUUUCAGGAGGAUGAAGAGUUGGAGGAUGUGAUCAGCAAGCUCAGCGCUCGUCGAGGUGACAUUCGUCGUGCUCCAGUUCGCAAUAGUUUUGCCGAGGCUCAAUUUGCCGACAAAGUGUCACUUCCACAAAAGGACGGCGUGAAAACCCACAUCCCGCGGAACGGACUUCCAAUUGCUAUGGACAACAUGGACAUGAUGGAAACCAUCUCAAUGACGAAUCUGGACGGAUUUGAUUCAGAAACUUCGAAAUCGGAUAAUGCCGGUCAGAACCAGAAACAUGACGAGAAGAGCUCAGAACGAACAGGCGGGAGCCAAGAAGAAGAGGAAGAAGAAUCCGAGAUGAUUGAGAUUGACAAUCAGAUCCCUGUCACAACCCCAACCCGUGCUACUCGUCCAACUACUACCGCUUACGACCCCAACGCCUUCUAUCAUACCCCAAGGCCCCGACCAGCUAAGAAAGAAUCAAUUCUUCGAUUCUGCUCCAAGGACUCUGCCAUCAGAGAUCAAUCCAAUAUGGUAAUUGCGUGUGGGCUUGAUCAAGAUAUUUGGACGCCAAGCCGAUGUCCCGAGAAUGCUGAUUGCUUCCCAUCACAUGACAGUCUCUACAGAAUUUGUUGUCCUGUACACCGAGCUGGAUGA